AUGAAACUGACCUCACAUACCCUGAAGAUCUGGGAAAGAAUCAUAGACAGACUGAGAAAAAAGGUGUCAAUAUCAGAACAGCAGUUUGGGUUUUAUGCUCAGCAGGGGUACUGCCGACGCCAUUUCGCACUGCGGCAAUUGAUGGAAGGCCAGAAACAGCUGUAUUGUGUGUUCACAAAUCUAGAGAAAGUCUACGACAGGGUACCCAGAGUGGAGGUUUGGAACUGUUUACGAAUGAAGGAGAAGAAUGAAAAGAAUUUUUGCCUCAUACAGGACAUGUACCUAAACAGCAAAAUGAGGAUGCGAUGUGCAGAGAGUAUAACAGAUGAUUUUAUAGUUGUUGUUGGUCUACAAAAGGGGUCAGCACUCAGUCCAUUCCUGAUUGCCACUUUGACAGAUUGUUUAACGGGAGUGUAUAGAAUGAAUCUCCACGGGAUAUACUGUUUCCCAAUGUUUUUGUGCUGA